AUGGAGAGUGCAUGGGGUAAACCAGGCGCUUGGGCUUUGGAUUCCGAGGACAAUGAGGUGGAGCUCCUCCACCAACACAAACAAGAUUCUAUUGACGGAAACUCCAUUGGCAGCGCCGACGCGGCGGAUUUCCCAUCCCUUGCGGCCGCGGCGGCAACAAAGACCAAGAAAAAGAAGAAGGGCCAAACCCUGUCUCUACAGGAAUUCACCAGUUACAGUGCCAACAAGGGCCCCACUCCUGAUCAGCUUUUAAGCCUCCCCACCGCCCCCCGUCAGCGCUCUGCGGAGGAGCUUGAUCGAAACCGGCUAGGUGGAGGAUUUAGAUCUUAUGGGUCUUCGUAUGACCGGCCGGCUAGGGAUGAACAGCCGCGUCGACAGGGAGGUUUUGGUGGGGAUUCGAAUCGAGAUUUUGCGCCUUCUAGGGCUGAUGAGACGGAUAAUUGGGCUGUGGGGAAGAAAUCGAUUGUUAGUGAUGGAUUUGAUGGAAGAAGGAGGGGAGAUAGAGGAGGGUUUUUCUCGGAUUCGCAAACUAGGGCUGAUGAUUCCGACGAUUGGGGUUCUAAGAAGGUCUUUGUGCCCUCUGAGCCUCGGAGAUAUGAAAAAAGAGGUGGCUUUGGAUUUGAAUCUAAUAAUGAUGGUGCUGAUUCGGAUAGUUGGGCCAGGAAAAGGGAGGAGGGACGGAGAAGUGGUGGUGCAUUUGAUAGUUUGAGAGAUAGAACGGGCAGUCCCGAUUCUGACACUUGGGGAAGGAAAAGAGAAGAGGGGACUGGAGGCAGUGCCAGUAGGCCGAGGUUGAAUUUACAGCCAAGAACACUGCCUGUAGGCGAAGGGCAGAAGAGUGAAAACGGGAAUGUAUUGAAGCCCAAGGGAAAUAAUCCAUUUGGAGAGGCGAGGCCGAGGGAGGAGGUGUUAAAGGAGAAGGGGCAAGAUUUGAAAGAGAUUGAGGAGAAGCUCGAGAGUAUGAAGCUUAAGGAGGUUGCUGCAGGGUCCCCUAAAGGACUGGCGGCUUCGAAGAGGAGCUUUUGGAGUGGGAAUGGGAGGGAGAGGUUGCAUCAGGAGGAUAGAGCUGACAGGACUUGGAGGAUGCCCGAGUCUCUUAAUUCUCGUCCCGAGAGUGAUGAGAAAACAGAAAAUGUAUCUGCUGAAGCAGCUGAAGAUAGAGAUCCACAGAUGUGA